GCGUUAUCAUUAGUCAGUUCGGUUCUAACCGUCGCGGUGUUCAGUUGUUUGACUAUCAGUGACAUAAGCUGGUUUAGUGCUGCCUCUCAGUGAGUGUGUUACAAGAGGGAAAUAUUCCAUUCGGUGUUGUGUGUGUUCAGCUGCGCUCGAAAUAGGCAGUUUUGUAAACUAUUCUGCUGCUGCGUAGGUGGAUCAACUCCACACGUACGUGCAACUAUUUAUGUGACACCGAUGCUUGGAACUUGAAUCUUAACAAAAAGAAUAUCCUGCAAACUUUGGAAGUGACUCCCAUUGCUCAAGUUUGCUCUUUCAACCGGAAUUCGCGUUUUCGAAUGAUACCUCUGGAACCAAGAUCACGGCGGGUCUUCCCAGAGUGAAAACAUAAAAAGCCCCGGUCAUUCAGCGAAGUGCCGUUUGCGGAGCAAGAUCAUCCCCGUGCUCAGUGUUUUUUUUUUUAUUUUUUGCGCCCAGCCAGCCAGCGCGAGAAACUUGUUGAGCAACCUGUAGCGCAGUGUGGGUCAGUGUGUGUGUGUUUGUGUCUUGAUAUUACCACACAAUUUCGAGCAGCGACGACAUCAACUGCUGUAGCAGAACUUAGCCACUCCAGUAGCCGCAACAAUGGCACCAGCAGUGCCGUCCAUCGAAUAGCCGCCAGCCGUGUCCGAUUGUGUGCGUCGUUAUCCCACUAGGUGCAUCGGGAGGCCAAAGUUCGGUCAGGCCUUGAGCUUCAACCUCUGAUUAGAAAAGUUAGCCUCGUCCAGUGAAUGACUGUAUUUUGUGCCGGUUCGGUUGUGCACUACUUUGGCUUGAUGAAUUCAAAUUGAAAAUUAUUCUCAUCAUCCAAUUGUUUCUUGUACCUACGGUGCGAAUCCUCAAAGAAUCAAAGUGGCAGAAGCAAGAAAAGCAGUGACCGAAGACGGAAGUAGGUACCAGUCCAGUGAGAAAGGGUGGUGAAGCCGUACGCCCAUUGCCUGUGAACAACCCUGCGUUCGGGUCGGGUGGGAAAAGUGAUACGGAAACCGCACCGCAGAAAGUGCUUUGUGUUAUUGUGCAAAGAGGAAGUCAUGGUAAACCAGAAGUGCUGACAAUUGAGAUUGUUUGACUUUCAACAGUAUUCUUUUUGUAUUUGGUAAAGCCACGGCUAGGAAUAACGUGCACCGCCUUUCGUGUGAAAGUAAAGUUAAUAUUGCUGUCCGCCUGGCUCGAGUCCACAUCCUUCCCUGCUGAUAAGAAGAAAGAUACUAAUGCGAAGAUAAAAGAGUGCGAUAAGGCAAAAAGUGCGGUGACAAGUGUCAGUUCGGUUGAAAGAGAAAAAAAACGGAAAUGCCAAAGUAAGAAAGGUUCCGCCUCAAGAGCGAAGUUCUUCAACGGCAGUGCAAAGUAUUUUACCAACGGAUGUGAGAAGAAUACACAACAUAGAAAGUGUAUUUGAUAGCCACUCGUGUAUGGAUGAAAGAAAACGUACAGUUUGAGCAGUGAAUUGUGGUGGAAAAAUCGACCGUCUCCUCAAGAAGGAUUAUUUCCGCUUGUAUUUCUGUUCAACUCAUCACGCCGCGCUAACCUGUGUGGGAGACAUUCCCCUCUUCUAACUUCAGCUGUAGUCCAGCAAUCAACAGGCGAGGCACCACCUGGAACAGCAUCGUUAAGGUGUGAUUUCUCGGAAUAUCUUCGGAUUUUGUGAAGGAGGCACAUCCAACGCGCUCGAAGCAACAGGCGACUGCUGCUGAAGACAGGUCAAUAGAAGGCGGCAAACAGCAGCUCACAGACGGGAACAUAUUGUGUGAAACUAGUUCGAGUAAAUAGAAAUCCUUGCUCAAAUAAUGCCCUGCAAGCAUGUCGCAGCUAAACACAGUAGAAACCUCGUCUCGCUCGCAAUCGUCGUUGCCGCCAGUAUCAUCACAGCAGCCAUCGGGGCCCAGGUGGCAUCGGCACUUCCCACCAACUCGGAACCGGCCAAGGAAGGAAUAGUGUACCAGAAAUGCACCGGACCUGGGGAGCCUGGACCUUGUCAGGGUUUUGGGUAUCGGUACCGUUUCGAGAAAACCACCAAUAAUUGCACCCAAUUUAUCUGGGGCGGCUGCGGAGGUAAUCUGCAGAACAAUUUCGAAACGUACGAACAAUGUAUGCAGCAAUGCGCGAAUGAAACACAAACGCAGCCACCGGUGCAACCACUAACAACAACCAGCAGCAGCUCGACGACGUCCGUUCGUACGCAAACACAGGAAACCGCCCUGCCGCAGUACUCCUCCAGCAGCACGGUGGCCCCGGUUCCGGAUGAACUCCGAGGAUCGGAGCUUACGUUCAAGGAGACUGGCCACGAGAAAACGUUCAUGUUUGCCAAGAACAACACGUUCAUCCAGAUGGAUGGGGAAACAAUACAAACAUUCCAAUUGAGAUUAUGCCGUGAAAUAUCAUUCCAAUUUCGCACCCGUCUACCGCACGGUCUGCUGGUGUAUCACAACGUCAAAACCCCAACCGGCGUGAAGCUCGACCCGUACGCUCUGUACGUCAUCGUGGAGAAGGGCCAGCUCAAAGUGGUGCACGUGUUUGGUAACCACUCGACCAGCGUGACCGUUGGCGAGGGCCUCAACCGGGAUGAGUGGCACAGUGUGAUGGUUCGAAUCGAUGUGCAUGGAGCUCGACUAAUAGCUCGGGUUGAUAACCACAAGGAGGAAGUCUAUCUGAAAGGAUUAAAUCAUGAAACCAACUACGGCGUCUCCAUAAACCUGAUGUCAGUCGUACUGGUCGGAGGAUUGAGUUCGGAGGAAAAACUGCACGGCGUCAAGUACAUAAUCGAGUCAUUUGUCGGCUGCAUACGGAACGUGGUCCUGAGCUCGGGAAAGGCCGCCUCGGACCUGCUACCCAUCACCCCGCUGAUUGCGACCAAGCAUGAGAACGUGAAGGAAGGCUGCCGCAACAAAUGCUACUCCCGGCAGAACCUGUGCUUCACCGGAUCCCGCUGCAUUAAUCACUACUAUGACAUCUCCUGUGACUGCUUUGGCACGAAAUACGAAGGCGAACAUUGUGAUAUCUAUACCGCAACAGUAUUAACGUUACGAGGCUCCAGCUAUGUAUCCUACCGGAUCUACGACUGGAAGGACCGGGUGCACGCGCCCGUCACCAGGAUCAGCAUGAUGUUUAAAACGAACUACGAUGAUUCGGCGCUAUUUUACGCUAGUGGAGAAUCGCUCAAACCACAAUAUAUAGCCGUUUCGGUCAAAAACCACUCGGCGUACAUCGAGAUGGACUUUGGCGAUGGCGUUAUGACGGCCAUACUCGGGCAGGACCUCACCAAGCACUACUGGCACAAUCUGACAAUCUUUCACGAGCACAACCAGGUCAAAGCGGUGCUGGAUGACCACAUGAAGAUUAUAGAGAUUCCAGGGGAAAUUCACAAUCUUCUUUUUGAUCCGGAAAUCUACUUCGGAGGCGGCCCGAAUCUUUCCAAGCGAAAGGGGCUAGCAUCUAACAACAACUUUGUCGGCUCUUUGAAGUACGUGUUCUACAAUGAUGUGUCCGUCCUGUUUGAGUUGAAAAAGGGUAAUCCCAAGGUGCACUACAUCGGCGUACUGCAGGAGGAAUUCCACGAAACGGAAGUGGAUAUUAUUCCAAUCACAUUCUCCUACGCCAAAUCCCACAUCUGGUGGCCGAUGAGCAACGAGGACGUUCUUAAUUUGAAAUUUGAUUUCAAAAGCAGCAAGGCAACGGCCGUGUUGGCGUACAGUGAAGUACGCACCAGCGAAGGUCACGGCUUCUGGGAGAUAAGACUCGCUACCGACCGGUUGAGCUUCGACCUGUGUCCGGACGUGACCAGCAACAUCACCCACACCACCUACAUCCGGAUCGACAAUCCGACCUCGUGGCACGCAAUCCAUCUGACGUACGAACGGAACGAGAUUAAAUUUGUGGUCGACUUUCGGCACGCCGUCACGCAGAUGUACGGCCUCUCGUUUAACGUCGGCGAUAAGCUCAUCAUCGGAAGCAGUCUGAAAGCGGCCGCAUCCGGUCUGGUCGGUUGCCUGCGGGAUCUGAAGAUUAAUGGGGUGGAAAUCGAGCCAAGGUUCCUGGUCAAGAGCGAGCGGGUGGUCGGUGACGUCUCACUCGAUAACUGUAAAUACGUCGACCCAUGCAAGAAGCCCAAUACCUGCGAACAUGGUGGAAAGUGUUCGGUUAAGGAUGACGGCAUCAUUUGUGACUGCAAGGAUACCGGUUAUAUUGGGAAAAAUUGUCACUUUACCAACUUUCGCAAGACAUGCGAGGAGCUUGCGUUGCUUGGCUAUUCCAAGUCCGACGUGUACUCGAUUGACAUCGAUGGGAACGGUGUGUUCCCACCGGCUCGGGUCAAGUGCGACUUCCAGAGCUUAGCGAACGCCACCAAGACGAUUGUGGAGCACAACUUACCUUCGCAGGUGGAUGUGCGGUCAUACGAUGAUGAAGAUUUUAGUUUCAACAUCCAGUACAGAGAAUUUAGCGCUGAGAUGUUACAAGAGCUGAUUUCCCACUCGUUAUAUUGCACUCAGUACAUCAAGUACGAUUGUAUCAAAGCUCCACUAGAGCUGCACUCGUCAACGUGGUUUAAGUCUUCGAACAAUAACAACACGGUGGACUCGCUCGGAGAGGUUAAAAGAGGAAGUUGUCCAUGUGCGGUCAAUCGAAACUGUGAGGAUCCCAAUAAUAGCUGUAAUUGUGAUGCUAGUUUAAAUCGAUGGCUGUCGGAUGAAGGCUACUUUAAAGAGCCACCGAAUUUGGGAAUCACUCAGAUGUAUUUUCUGCAGCAGAAGGAAUUGCUAGACGAUGAGUCACAAGGCAGAAUCACGCUUGGGCCACUUGAGUGCGUCGAAACCAACACUCAAAAGUACGUGGUAACAUUCACCACGUCGCAGUCGUACAUCGAGGUGCCGGGCUGGCGCAAAGGGGACAUCGCGUUUUCCUUCCGCACAACCGGCGAAAAGGCGAUCCUCCUGUUUCAACCACCGAUCCGGUCCAACUAUCCGUCGUUCAUGGUAGCCCUGACCGGAGACUACCAGCUAACGUUCAAUUUCACCCUCAACACGGGAACGCCCAAAACACUAGUCAUCAACACGAACCGGAAGCUGAACGGAGGCGAAUGGCACAAGAUUUGGAUCGAUUACAACGAGCAUCACGUGCGAUUUAUGAUUAACACCGACACUCGGAUGGUCGAUUUGCAGCCGGAGGAAGAAUUCGGACCGUUCGAAGGCAGCAUGUUUAUAGGUGGUGCUCCCACAGAAAUUUCCAAAAAGUACACCGUCAAACAGGGUCUCAUCGGAUGCUUCCGAGGUCUGGUAGUAAAUGGGGAAAUUUUGGAUAUUUACAGCUUCAUGUCGGUGCACUUAUCCGAAAUCAUCAAAGACUGCAAACCCUCAUGUGUUCCCAACCCGUGCAAAAGUGGAGCUUACUGCCGAGAGCUCUGGAGUACGUUUGAGUGCGUUUGCAAGAACCGUUGGGCCCAUCUGGGGCAACACUGUGAAACAAAUAUUAACGAGGAUGCACUGACAUUUAUCAGCCGUGAAUCGUACCUGAAGCGUAACUACAUCAGCAACGCCGAGGAGCAGCAGGACGAGCGCGAGAAACUUCGCAGCAUAUUAAAUUCCUCGCUGUUAAUAAAUCUCCGCACCUACGACAAGCAUUCGUUCGUCCUGUACGCGAACGAUCACAACAACAAUUUCAUCCAUCUGUACCUGACGGACGACAGCCAGGUGGUAUACUUGUACAAUUAUGGCAACGAUAUCGUCAAUCUAACGCUGGAACACGCAUCGCUGAACAACGGCAAAAGCAUUCAGGUGGCGGUGAUUCGGACCGAAACCAACACCACCCUGUUUGUGAACGAGAAAAACAUCACCGUUGAGCGGGGACAUUUGCUGCUGGACGAGUACUCCAACAAGCCGUGGACCAAUCCGGAAAUGGAGGUCCUCUCGCCGCACCGGCCACCCGCUCCACCCACCGAAUACUUCCAGUUCAACAUCGGUGGCUUCGAUCCGGCUAACCUGCUCAAGCCAAACCCGGACACGGCGGAGGAACUGCAAGGCUACAUCGGUUGCAUCCGGGGACUGAAAAUUGGCGAUAAUUUGAUUUCACUGAAAGAGAUGGCACUGCAGAAUAAUGCACACGUCACCGAGGGCGUACUGAACGAUUGCCAGAUGAAGUGCGAUGCUGAGCCGUGCAAAAACGGUGGCAUCUGUACGGAGAACUUUGUCAAGCAAGAAAGCACUUGCAACUGCGAGCACACCAGCUUCCUGGGUGAGUUUUGCUCGGACGAAAAGGGAGCAAGCUUCAGCGGUGAGGCGACUCUUCAGCGUAAGUUUGUUCUGGCGGAAAAAGUUGAACAAGUUCGACUGCAGCUGGCAUUCUCCAGCAACGAUAUGCGACGGGUGAACCGGGUGAUGCUGCUGCUGCAGUCCAGGAACGACCGGAGCUACUAUCUAAUGGUUGCCAUCACCCCGGACAACCAUCUUCACAUCGAGGAGGAUCGGGAGGUCGGCACGUACGAGGCCCGCAUCGAGGGAAACUUCAUGGAUGACGCCCGUCAUUCAAUAUUCUACAGCAGAAACGGGGACCGGGCCGCACUGCUGGUGGAUCGGCUGGAAAUUCCUAUCAAACAAGUUCAAAGCAAACCGCUGGUGCAAGUGCAGGAUCCGGGCACAAAUCACGUCCAAGUGGGUGGUGUCAAUACCACAGAUCCUCGCUUCGCAGUGUACAAAAGCUACGACGGAUGUUUGUCGAAUAUUUUCAUCCAGGUCAACAACGAUACAAUGAAACCGCUGGAGGAGUAUAUGCUGUUUACCAAGAGUGAAGCGGAAAUGAUCCACGUUAUCAAUUCCCAGGGCGUCCGGUCGGCACAGUGCAAACAGUUCGACGUGAUCCCAAAGCUGACACCGUUCAACGAGCCGAUGCUCAACAUGACCUCGAGCAUCGACAAAAACUGGGUAGUGGACGCUCCGGCCCGCGUUCCGUACCUGGCGCCCAGCGUAGGACCAUCAAAGGAAGAGGAUAAAACGCAGGUUAUAUUCAUUACACUGACCACCGUAUUCGUAGUCAUUGUCGUGUGCUGUCUGAUCGAAGUGUACCGUUCGGAUCGGAAGUACAAGAAACGGUUAGAGCGGGAAACGGACGAGGGCAUUAUCCUGUCGAAAGAACAGGCAACCAAAAUGCAACUGGAGUCGGUUGGUGCCACCACCCCGAAAGGGUUCAACUAUAAAGCGGUUCCUGUCGAAGAUAAAAAAGACAACGGAAUGACAAAACCAUUGAUUAGUAUUUUGAAAAAUGGCAGUAUUACACCGCCCAUCAAUGCGACUGCAAAAGAUCCCGAUUUAACUCCAAGCGAUAAGGAUAUCCAGGCACUGAGCGGUAUUCGAGACAGUCAAUUAAUGGACCACGAACCGCAGUGGGAAUCGCUGGUCGCUGAAGAAACGGAAGCUCUCGUUAAAUCACGGAGAGAAUCCGGUGACGAUGACGACGACGAAAGCGACGAUGAUGUAAACUCUCAAACCGGCCGAGCGACUGCAAGUCCGCUAGCCAACGGUAACGGAACGGUACCACACUCGGAUCAGGACGAUACCGACACCGACACCGAGCUGCUCGAUUCACCGGAUGCAAUAGAUAGUGAAAUUGCUGCCGUAGAUGUUGAAGAGCCUCUGUCACCGCCACUGCCAACACCACCGCUAUCAAUGUAUCCGAUUGAUUCGGAUGAAACCGCGUACUAUAGAUAUCAGCCUAACAUUGCAGAUCAAGCAAUCCUAGAAGUAGACGAGUCAAAAUCAACCAGCUUUAGUCCCACCGCAGUAGGCGAUAUUGUGGAUGUAGUACCUAGCCUAUCAACAGCAGAAAUAUCCAGCGAUAUCUCACGGCAACCGAAGGUACCGGAGACUCUAGCUAUGCGUACGAAGUACAGACAUCUGGCCCCCGUGUAUCUGGAUGCCGACAGACGACAGUUCGCAAACCCGAUCAGCUACCUCGGAGGACCACGGUUGGAUAAUCGAAACUCAUUAGCGUCACGAUCGAGCUGGGGUGACAGUUUAGUCAGUUUAGACUCUUUAUUAUCGCUGGAUUAGUCGAAAGUACGAUUAGUAAAUUA